AUGAAGAAAGAGCGCAAAAAGCGGAAGCGAAAACCCCGAGAACGAGAGAAGUCUGGAUCAAAGACUAAGGCAAAUAAAGCGGAUACAGAUUCAGACUCGGACUCAGAUGGGACAGACUCGGAUACUGUUGAAACUCGGAGUAGGAGCGAGAAAGCACAGCAUGCGCAUACAAAGCACCGCCGUAAUAAUUCACAACGUGUAUAUGUCACGAAGGCUUUAAUGAACCGUGUUCAAUUGUAUACGUUGACGACUGCUGCAGCUACCAACACCACUCGACGAUCAAAGGACAUCCUCAUUGACUCUGGUUGCUCGCGUCAUAUGACACCACGCAGGUCAUGGUUCGUCGAAUCCACAUUCCGAAAAUUGCGAAAGCCAAUUGCAAUCCACCUUGGUGACGACUCAACUAUCAAUGCAACAGGUCUUGGGUCAAUACAAUGUGUGCAACAUCUGAAUGGAGAGCGACGUCAUCUCAUCAUCGAUGAUGUCCUAUACGCACCUGACCUC